AAAACAUAAAAUCUAAAAAGUAUUUAAAUAAAAAUUUAUAUUAAAGAAAAUUUGCAGUCGUCUUUUAAUUACCAUUAUGACGGGUCUUAAAAUCUAUAACCUAUUCUUUCUUAUAAUCACAGCGAAAAACAUUUUAUGCCAAUCGACCCAAUACUCUGCGGAGGAGUUAAAGAUUAUAGAUGAAUUAAAAACCAGCACAAAUAUUGCUGAUAAAUUGAAAUAUUCUAUAAUAGAAAAUUUAAACAUCAUACCUCAACACUAUAUAACCAGUGCUGCCAAUGCCACACAAUAUUUACUUAAAGAUCAAACAUUACAGGACAAUAGUGAACCAGAAGUUUUGGAAUUUAAAAAGAAUUUAACCCAGUAUUUGGAUAAACAUGCUCCCUCAAUGGCCAAUAUACAAGCAAGUUAUACAGCAAUGAUUGAUUUUGGACAAAUGAUCAACCCAUAUUAUGAACUUUCCGAAAAUGAGUUAACACCAGAAACUAAAUUAAUUAUUAAACUCAUGAAUAAAUACAAUUGUAAAACUAUAGCCGGAAAUAUGAGCGAUCAUUACGAGAAGUUCUUGCUGGACGUUAGUAAAAUGUUAGAAGAAAACAAAACCCAUAUGGAUAAACCCUAAUUGGAGCUGUACGAGAAACUUAAAAGUGCGUCAUAUUUGUCAAAGAAAAUGGCAUUGAUUCUGAAAUAUUUAAUUAUGUAAUAAACAAAAUGUUAUAAAAAGUUAAAUUAUUUAAA